CUUUAUGCACACACAGAAACACAUGCCCACAGAUACACCCACAGAUAUCAUACCAACCAACAUUUCAAAUGGACAAAGAGGGACACAUUAAUUAUAGGGUUGAUGGUAAUAGUGUGGCUGAUCUGGGAAUUUUAAGCGAUUUCCUAAUAAAAAAAUAUUAGGUAAAUGGGUAACUAACAAUGAUUGUGGAUUUUGGCUUAGAAGUGAUAGAUGAAUGUGGAGAUAAUUAUGCACAGUGAGCUAGAAAUAAAACUCAUAUUAAACCAUAGAAAAAGAAGUGUAAUGAGACCUUUCUAUGUAAUAAAAGUUGCAAUAUAAGUGACCAUCUCCACUCUUCCCAGCACAGAUUCAUUUGUAAUUUCACUGUGUUGGUGUUGUCAUACUGCCACCUAGUGGGGAAUAUUCAGUUGCAAGGAAGAAGCGUUUUAUAUUAGACAUGAAAGUUUUUUUUUUAAAUCUGUCUUUUACUAUGAAUCUUAAUUCUUUAAUCCCAGAUGUUGCAAUCAAUUGUACUAACUGUAGUCGUCGUACAAAUUUAAUUUUAAAAUACGGUUAUCAGAUCAUUAAAGACGAUUCAGUUAAAACAUCUAUGUUUUUAUCUUGCAGUCAGCAUCUCGCCGCGUGGGUCUGUCCUGUGCCAAUUGUCAUACGACCACCACUACGCUUUGGCGUCGAAAUGCGGAGGGUGAACCAGUCUGUAAUGCUUGUGGACUCUACAUGAAGCUGCACGGGGUAUAAAUAUUUCUUCUAUUUUGAUAAAGAAAAAAAAUAUAUAGCUUUAAAGAACAAAAAUAACCAGUCUCAUUAAAAAAGAUAAAUGCUGAUGGUGUUUGUGAGGAAUCGUGUUGAUGAUCUAAAAGUACUUUUUUAUUUUAUAGACCUUUUUGAGAAUCAUUGUAUCAUUGUAUUUACUUACAGGUUCCAAGACCAUUAGCAAUGAAAAAAGAAGGCAUUCAGACUAGAAAACGUAAGCCAAAGAAUCUCAGCAAGUCCAAAACGUCAACAGGUAGGAAUUCGGUAUUAUGUUUAGCAUAGCCUGAAUUUGGAAAAAAUAAAACUAGCUUUGCUGUUUUAGAAUGUUUGUUUUAAAGGGACACUAUAGUCACCUGAACAACUUCAGCUUAAUGAGGUUGUUCAGGUGAGAACUAUAGCUCCCUGCAGCCUUUCUUACUUUCUGAGCUAGGAACACCUCCAGUUGCAGUCACUCAGAGUGAACCAGAGGGACUUCGGAGUUGAUGGAGGCAUAAUAUGCCUCCAUCCACUCAGAUCUGCUGUCAGCAGAGCACAGGGCAGCACUGUGCACAGCAUCCUGUGAUUCAGUAUCUCCUCCCUCACUGAACUUUCCUCAUAGAGAUUCAUUGAUUCAAUUCAUCUCUAUGAGGAGAUCCUGAUUGGCCAGGGCUGUGUUUGAAUCAUGCUGGCUCUGCCCCGAUCUGCCUCUUUGUCAGUCUCAGCCAAUCCUAUGGGGAAGCACUGUGAUUGGAUCAGGCUACCACAUGUCAGCAGACUGCUUGUUUUUCUGAGUCUAACAGCAUGCAAAUUUACAACUUCAGGCUUGAAUACAGUAAGAUUUUUACUAUAUUUAUGGAGGCAUGAGGGGCACAGGGGGGCUAGAUGGUGGUGUUAACACUAUAGGGUCAGGAAUACAUGUUUGUGUUCCUGACCCUAUAGUGAUCCUUUAAGUUUAUUCUAUGUAUCUCUCCCCUGGAGGUUUAAUAUGGCCAAACUAGGCCCUAGUUGAAGUGCACAGACUAUUAAUUUUCAGUUAAUUACCUUAAUUAUAAUGUGUUGUUCUUGGUAAACAAUCCUAUAGGAACGCCACAGGCACUGUAACAACUUCAAUUAAGUGAUUGUGGUUCCCAAAUUUCCCAGCGCAUUAUCUUCAAAUGAUCUUCAAAUGAUUUGAUACUAAAAUAUAAUCUCCAAGAUGACAGUCCAGAUUAUUGUGUGGAACUGGUCAGUAAAUGCAGAAGAAUUUAGUUGAAGAACAGUCAGCUGAUGCUCUCAGACUCUCAAUGGUCACCCACAGUAAGUAAUGUUUUAGAAUCAUACGUAUAUUUUUGAAGCAUUACUUACUAUGGGUGGCCAAUGACGGGCUGAAGAUGAGCAGUUCCAACGAGGAAGCCAGACCGGACACCUGGGGGACUCCUCUUCAGUCUUAUUAUUAUUGACAUUUAUAGCGUGCCAACUUAUUCCACAGCUCUUUGCAAUAUUAUAAAAGGGGGAAAUUUAACAAUCAAUGAGACCAUUACAAAAUGUUACAGGAAAAAUAUGUAGAUGAGGACCCUGCUCAAAUGAGCUCACUUUUGGAGAAGUUUCAACAUUUAAAGGUUAGAUGGCUCCGGGGGAAUCUAGGCACCAUGGCAAUGUCAUUGAAAUUAAGAGUUUUGGUGCCCGCGGUGUUCCUUUAAAAAAAUAAACAAAAAAACACUAAGACGAAGCAAAAAUGGAAUAGGAGUUGUUAAAUGUAUUAUCAUAGCGGUAAUAACAUUUGGAAAAUGGUUUCUAUAAGUUCAUAGGCUGUCCCCUAUGUUAAAGAAUUUUAAUUAACGCGCCCUUACACCUUUUUGGGCAUCUUUGGCUUUUGCUCAGAAUUUCCACCGAAUGUUGUCCUUGGUUUUCAUUUUGUCCUAUUCUCCAUCCCCAGGACUAAAUGGCAGCGAUAACCUCACUCCUUCAACCGGCUCCGCCAACUCCAGCGCAAAUGAAGAGAUGCGCCCCAUAAAGAUUGAACCUGACUUGUCCCCUCCUUAUGGCCAUUCCCUGUCUCUGGCUCAGGUACGGGGCUUCAACAUUCAGUAGCAAAUUCUAUGUGUUCCUUUGUAUUGGGCCCAUGAUAAAUAAAGAUAACAUAGGCUUCUCCUUCAUAAGUGGACAUUCCUUCGCUCUGGUACAAUCUAUUACAGAUUAUCUCAGAUUUGUUACAGUAUUACAUACACUAUUAAUAAAUAAAAUACAGGAAUAUCCUCUUCUUAUGGACAUACCUUUCUGUAGCUCAGAUACAGGGCGUACAUAUUCUGUAGUUUAGUACCAUUCUGUUAUAUAAUUUAUAAAUAAAUAUAACAGGCCUUGCACAUUCCGUGUAUAAUGGGGCAUGGAACAGAUUUUCUCAGCAAUUGCAUUGGAUAAAAGUAAGGGAAGUAACAUUGUGACUGAAUUAUCCAACAUCUGCCAAUAAGAAGUGUUAAAUUAACUGGGUUUUGAGAGCAUUGGAAGCAAUGUUUAGAGCUAUUGCUGCUUACCUGAGAGAGAUGAACAGUUCUAUGAGAGAUAGUGCUAACAGCCAACCCUCAGUAUGUCCACUGCUCAUUUAUAAAAGGAAUUUGAUUUUGAAACUGAUACAUGGAAGAAAGAGUCUUUUCUAAUUUAGUUUCUUAAAUUAUUUCUGCUGUUCGAAUGCUUGGUGAAAAAGGGUUAGACUUUGUCAGAAGGUAAACCGUCUGUGCUCUUUGAGGGUACUUUGACGGUUCUAUAGAGACCACUUUUAGCGACUGCACAUGCAUAACAGACCUUUAAUUAUUCUGUGAAGGUUAGGGUCUCAAUUUUAAAAACAGAUGAUUCAUAGCAUUAUUACUAUUAUUUUUUUUUUUUUAAUGCGUAUGUGUCAACGUAUGGUGGGCUAUUUUUUUGGGGGUGGGGGGAGUUUUUUCUUCUUUACAAUCUUUCAUGUGCUAUUUUUAUACUAUGUAUACUAUUCAUUUUAUAUUUUAGGCAUCCUCUUUGUCUGCAAUUACAAGUCACGGAUCAUCUAUGCAUCCCAUGACAGGUCUAAAACUGUCCCCACAAAACCACCACUCUCCACAAACGAGCUCCAAGCAUGACUCCUGGAAUAACUUGGUUCUGGCAUAGGCUGCUACUAAACAGCCAACGCAUUUCACCUCCCACUCAACCUGAAGACUAGAACCCAAGUUUGAUUCAGUUCUACAAGACAGACUUCUAACCUUACGAAAGAAGAAAAAAAAAAAUUGCAAUCUCUCCAGGACAUGAGUUAUUCAAUUUUAAAGUACAGAAUUAGCAAUGUAAUUUAAAACCUGUUGUUCUAGGAACUGACUGUUUAUACACAAGACUAUUGUGGGAAAGAUGAAAAGGAUGUGUGGCUAUAUCGAACAUUUAUGCUGCACAAUGAAAUUUCAUUCUUGUCCACAGCCUUGCCAAUCAUAUUUCUCAGUGACCAAGGUAUCCAUCAGUUUGCUUGUGAAAAGUGGGAAUUAAAAUAUAAAAAAGCUUGAUGAUCCAUUGGAAAACAUAAGGAAACAUUUAGGCAGCCCCAUCGGAUACCUUCAGCUGAAGACACAGAAGCCAAGAAAAAACUUUGUAUAAAGAAUCGAAAUGUUUGAUUUUGGACAGGACACAGAGAGGAAGCUAGUGUGGACCGUCAUGGCUGAGCUGUGUAUUGUAGUUAUAAUUAUUCUCUGCUUAUUACAAGAUGUUUUAUGGGUUUCCUGGUCUCAGACUUAAAAAAUGUGUUCAUAUAUUAUUAAGGAGGGAAAAAUAGAAUACAAACACAAUUAAGACUCGACUUAAUUACUGUUGAUUCUCUAUGCACAAUUUGCCCUUUAACUCCUAUUUGUUGGUUAAAACGCUGUAGGAAUAAUUGAAUAGAGCUCGUAAAAAGUAGAACAGGUGUUGUAGAACUGCACGUCUGGUGAAGAAUCUACCUUCUGACCACACUGGUCUACACUAUGUCUUUGAGUCUCAUAAAAAAAAAAAAAAACACCUGUCCUUUAGUGAACCGGUAAAGUAAAACAUUUCAGCUAAUUGUAGGCAUAACAUCUUUUGGAAAUGGUUGGAAAGGAUAUGUAUAUUAUUAAAUAUUAUAUAUUUAUUUCAGAAUAGAAAAAAAGACUUUACAAUCCCAAAAUAAAAAAAUAUAAUAAAAUAAUAAACUUAAUAAUAAAAUGCAUAACUAUAGACCUGGCCUUUAGAUGUCUUGCCUAUUGGUGACUCAGCAAGCCACAAAUAUAAAUCAUAUGUAAUGUGCUCAUUCUUCAAAUCAUAUACAAUUUGGUUAUUUCUUCCUUUCUAAUCCUUAGAUUUCUUCCUAACACACUCUAAACAGGCUUCCUAUUUACAUACCUUAUUCAUCUUUAUAUUGUACACUCCGUAUACCCUUAUUUUUAUCAACCUCUUUCUUAAGCAAACACUCCGGGCAUUAACCUAGAGUAAGCGCAUUGAUGUUUUAAACCACAUUCAAUUUUUUCAGUUUAGCUUAGUCCAGUUUUUUUACUUUCUGCAGUCUAUUCCUGUCCCACAGCUACGCCUUCCCUCUUGACAAAACAUCUUCCUGAUUAGAAGGUGAAUAGUGAGAGAUCCGUGUGAGCUGAAGUACAGAUUUGGAUGCACCCCACAGCCAGCCACUGUCCUUGUGAUCUGCAUAAUUAAAUUUUUUUUUUCAUAGUCGUGGUAAGGGGAAAGCGGGCAGAUUGUACGUGGACAGCGAUUGGCUGUGGGAUAGGAAUAUCGACCACUUAUAUUACACAGAUCUUUCAUUGGCUGAAUUGAGUACGUCUUAGAGUACAUCUAAUAAGGAAAAUGCUUUUGGAAAAGAAGAGGCAUGGCUAGAGAGACGGGGUUGUGCUACAGACAUUUUUUGUUUUUUCUUUUUCCUCCGAGAUUUCAAUGUGGAGAAAAUACAGCAUGAAUAUGAGGCCAAAAUCUGGGUUGGUGUCUAGAGUUCCCUUUUAACGUGAAUCUAAAUUCUUUGCUCCGGGACAUCCCUCAGAAGCAUUACUAGCCCUCCCAUUCUGUCUGCGUUGACCCUACUAGAGGAAGACGAAGGUAGGAGGUAGAUAACAAGGAUGCUCUGGACAUGCGAGUGCAGUGUUUAACUAUCCCGGAUGACGAGCUCCAAAUGACCAACACUAUCACAAUGUUUGAAAGAAAGAAACAUAAGAAUUUUUUUUUUUUUUUUGGGUGAAGAAAUCAUUUGUGAUACAACUCUAAACGCACUUUGAGUAAUAUAUUCCACUCUCUGCAAUUGCUUUUAAUUUUAGCACUCCAAUAUUAGUCACUUUGUUUUGCACUCCAGUGUUUUUUUUUAUUAAGACAUUCACUUUUUUUCCCCCACAUUGCUACAUCAUUACUAGUUGACUGUUUUGCCCACUUAGUAUAUUGCUGUUCCUAGAGUUUUACGGGGAAACUAGCCCUUGCACUUCGGCACCGGACUUUCUUUCAGCCCACUUCAAAUAUUUAGCUCUUUGUUGGUUAGCUAUCUAUUCAUGCAAAAAAGAAACUUGGAGACGGGUAUCAGCACAAUAAUGCUAAUUCAAAAUUCUCAUCAAAAACCCUGUAUUAAAAAUUAAACACGUCAAUAAAAAUUUAGAUGGAGCAUUGCCUUGCUACGCCAUCGAUUUUUAUUUACAGCCUUUUUUUCCCUAACCAUUUAAAUCACUGCAAAUAGUUUUACUAUUCUAACCCAUCAUUGUGGAAGUUACGCAUUUCAUUUUUCCAUUAUAUGCUUAAUAGCAGCUCUUGAUAUAAAAAGCCACAUAGCAUUUUCCUAAAUAGUAAUAUUCAAAAUUUGCAUAGAUAAUCAACCGUAAUUAAUAUCAACAAACCACCAAAUAUUUGUGCAUAUUUUAUUUAUCCUUUUGUUUUUUUUGUUCGUUUUUGGUUUUUUUUCCCUCAAAUCCAAAAGUCAUUUUAUAGACCAGUCCAUGGAUUUAAACAUUUAGAGGGAGGGGGGAUGUUGAUUGGAGAAGUUUUUAAACCUAAAAGAUAUAUUGUAUGUUCCCAUUUUAUUUUGUGUUUUUUUUUUAUUAUUAUUAUUCAAAAAAAAAAGAAAAAAAAAAAGGAUAAAGUACUAAUUCUUAAUAUGAAUAGAAAAAUAUUCACCAGUGCUUACAGAGUCUAGAAACUACUGGUAACAUAGUUAAUAAAAUAACUAAUAUUCUAUUGUUAUGGAAGAUUUUAAAUAAAUCCAACUGUUUUUGGAUGACUGGUAUGGAGGUAUGGGCUGUGGGGGUAUGUCCGAAAUAACCUGGUGUUCUUUAUCAGGUAGCAAAAAUCAACAUGACCGUUUAUACGAUUUAAUAUGGGGAUAAGAAGUAUUUUAAUUCUGUUAUACAUAGCAGUUUUAUUUAUUUUUUGUUUUGAUUUUGGUUUUUGUCUUGUUUUUUUUUUGAUCUGGCACAACCAAGAAUUUUAAGAAAUUGGGACUUUUUAUUUAUUGUGCUGAAUCCUUGCCGAAAUACUAAGAGCAUAUUUAGAGAUGGAGAAAUUUACUGAAGUUAUGUGGGCUUUGCCUCUUUUAAGUUUUCUAGCUCCACAAAGUCUGCAUUUUGUAAAAGGCAACCAUUACUGUAUUCUCAUUUUAUACAUUUCGUUUUCCCUUAUAUUGUUGUGUUCUGAUUGGUUGUUUGGUAUUUUCAUCUAAUAAGAGUACAAGUUGGAUGCAGAUUCUACUAUCAGAGCAGCAUAUCCCUGGUAAAGUAGCUGCAAUCACCCAUACACUUCCAUAGGAGAAAUGAUAUUUAAAUACCAGAGCCCGCAUUGUUAAUGUAAUCCAAUCGAUAAUGUCAAACAGUUGAUUUUUAUUUUUUAUCAAUAUUUCGUUGUCUACCCAGAGAGCUCUGUUAAUGUCUUUCUCAAGCACGCUGAGCUAUUAGAAGUUGCCUGGCAAGUACCAUUAGUUGUACAUACUUUGGCUGUAAUUGGACUAAAUAUUUAGGCAUUAGUGACUCUCUCAAUCUCUCUACAUACAAGUAUUGAUGUCUAUAGAUGAUCGGAGAGUUAAAGCUACAGUGUAAAAAGAGGGGUGACAAGUUGCACAGUUUAAUUUGAGCCCCACGCUUGUCCUCGCUGACCGAAUGCGCCAGAACUUCAUGCAAUAUUUAUUAAAUUGCUGUUUCGAUCUAUCUUCCUCCUGGUUCUUUUAAAUACAAGGUGUGAAAAAACAGUGAGAAUUUUGCCGCAACAAAAAUGCAAAACAAUUUGUAAUUUUGAUGAAACGUUAGUGCUUUUUAAGAAUUAGAAAUGUUCUCCUUUGUAAAUCCUCCUUAUUUAAACUUGUUGCCUCCUGUGUUUUUAUUGGACAGAGCGAGUAUGACUGGUAAAUGUAAUCACUCCAGAACCGAGUGAUAGAAGCCCCAACUCAGAAUACUUUGCUAAAUAACAUGGGGGGGGGGGUGGGUGGAAGGGCUACAAUACUGAAUGCUGGCUGAGAGUGGGGUCAGGUCUUAUUUGGGCCUCUGUCCAACUGCUAACUUAAAUAUGCAUGCGCUGAUGUGAGCUGAGAAUUCCCAAGCUCUCUGGCAAUCCUAUCACGCUGUCACCACUGAUAAAUUGUAUCCCUAGCAGUCCUUGCACACCACGGCCCAUCCUGGAAGCAUAACUGAGAAUAUUGGCAGGUAUACAAUGGGUGGGAGUUUGUCCAAUGCAUUCUGUGACAUUUGCGAUAUUAAACUUACACCUAGGGCGGCUUUUGGAAGCUCCCGAUUUUAAACAGCCCAGAUUUGCUGUAGCACUUUCAAGCUGAUCACGGAAUUAAGACCGAUUCCUUUCUCAGUGGAUAACAUUCCAUAGCUUCACGGAGAACGCUUGCUACAGGCCUUCCAGACCUGGCUGUGUGAAUUCUUUUUUUUAACUCCUAGUAAGUCUGGUAAAGCAGCUGUGCAGAAGGUAAGGUUGUCUAUGAAAUAAAUAAAGCCUCAAAAACGAAAUGCGAAUUCUGGAGAAUUAAAGGUAAUGGCAAAUUCUAAGAUGACUUUCUGAUUGGGCCCAUUCCGGUGUAAAAUCUACAAUUCCCUCGCAAAUAUCCCACUUCCUGGUUUAAUGAAUGAACUACUUGACUUACAAGGGUUAUUUACUAAGGGGAGACUUCAAAGUGAAUUUGACUUUCAAGACCAGAGUAACUGAACUGAAAUCAAAGCUGAUUUAGAGUAUUUUUCCAGAUUGGUUGUUUUGACUUUCAAUUUGAAUUCACUUAAAAAUCUCUCUUUAGUAAUAGCCCUGUUAGUGACACUUCACUUGUUGACUUAACUCCGCUUGACAGCUGCUCACGUUCACUUAUAUCUACAGGAACAUAUGUGGUUUAUUCUCUAAACUGAGACUUCAAAGUGAAUUAUUAUUAAUAUUAGAGCCAACAUAUUCUGCUGAGCUGUACAAAAGGUUUUCAAGGUGAAUUUCAAAUUUGAAGGUCAAAUUGGGAAAAUAGGAGCCGACUUAGAGAUUUAUUUAUUUUUUGCAGUUUCACUAUUUUGACCUUUCAUUUGAAAUUCACUUUGAAUUCCCACUUUAGUGAAUAAUGGUGAUUGUAACAGCAGCAAAUUGUAUGUAAAUUUGCAAUUAACUGUGUGCCUUUGAUCUCCAUUCAAUGUGAACUUGAGUUAAUCAGUGUUGACUUUGAGUUUAUAAAAAAAAAAAGCCUGAAUUUGCAGUCGUACUCGACUAAUUCAGAUAAGAAAAAUACAUUCUGUGCUUUUUAUUUUUUUAUACAGAAGUGGAAUUUCUGUAAUUAAAGACAUUUCCUCUUAGAUAUAUUAGUCGCCCGAAAGAAAAAAAGUUACAUUAAUCAAUACAUUACAAAAAAAGUUUAUUUUACACUGUUAACAUUUAUAAAAUUCUCCGUACUUACCUCUUCGCAAUCGUUUCCUCUUCACUUCCACUUUCCUGCUUCGUCUUUCUUUAUUUCAUUUUUCAUCUAUUUCAAACUAAAAACAUAAGAUCCUCCGUAGACGUCAAUGCUGUAUUCUCGCGCAUGCGUGAGCGUACAGCAGUGACGUCUGCUCUCGGCAGCUGAACAGGACCGACGACAUUGCGCAUGCAAGUGACAGGUUCAGGUAAGUAGAACUGACCUUUCCGUGACCCCCAGUGGCAUAGUCGUGGUCGGCAACUUUGCAAAUUCUGCAAAUGGUGACUGUGCUGCUUCAAUUGCACUUUUUCAGCUAUGCCACAAGCACACCCCAAGUGAAACAAGAGUGACUGCAGGUGGUCUGUAUCCUUAAGUUUCUAAAAGUGUAAAAUGGUAAUAAUUGAUUUGGUUUUAGUACGGGAGAUGGAUGGAAAGUGACAUGGAGUACAGACAAACUGUGGAUGACAGAGUUUGGACAAUCGGAGUUUGGUAAAAUAAAAUCAACAAAAACUAAAAUUCUCCUCCUUCCCUCCAUUCCCAACUAUUUUCGCCUAAACAUAAGAUUUAAAAAAAAUGGACUGUAUUACUGCUUUAUGGUUUAGUGAAUGAAAACCUUAGUACUCUCUGUCAUAAGGAAAAUAAAGUAACUCAAUUUGAUCACCAUUAAAGGACCACUAUAGUGCCAGGAAAACACUAUAGUUCCCUGAGGGUGCCCCCACCCUCAGGGACCCCCUCCCGCCCGGCUCUGGAAAGGGGAAAAGGGGUUAAACUUACCUUUUUCCAGCGCUGGGCAGAGAGCUCUCCUCCUCCGAUCCUCCUUCUCUCUUCCCUGUCGGCUGAAUGCGCACGCGCGGCAAGAGCUGCGCGCGCAUUCAGCCGGUCUCAUAGGAAAGCAUUCAUAAUGCUUUCCUAUGGACGCUGGCGUGCUCUCACUGUGAAAAUCACAGUGAGAAGCACGCAAGCGCCUCUAGCGGCUGUCAAUGAGACAGCCGCUAGAGGAAAUAGGGGAAGGCUUAACCCAUUCAUAAACAUAGCAGUUUCUCUGAAACUGCUAUGUUUAUGAAAAAAUGGGUUAACCCUAGCUGGACCUGGCACCCAGACCACUUCAUUAAGCUGAAGUGGUCUGGGUGCCCAGAGUGGUCCUUUAAAUGCUGAUCUUUUUAUAUCAAUCUCUUAAUACUGUAAAACUUCCAUUCUGCGCUGAGGAUUGGCUAGGUCACCAGUUACGCCAGCUAAAAUAAUCCGAACAUUUUAAAGUGCAAUUACUAUAAUGACUGAUAUAUAUGAUUGAUCAGAAAAAUGUCUUUAAUAAAGAUAAAUUGCAAAAUUCUGUUAUUGAAAGGUUAACAUUAAUCUGUUAUUCUUAAAAAAAUAAAAUAUAAAAACCUUUAUUUCCCCCUUUCCAUGGAAUUUAGAAAGAAACCUGAAAAAAAGUAAGAUGUUUUAG